UAGGUUUAAUGGGUCCUGUACCACUAGCCCUUCUUCUGGUUCUUUUCUCUCUGAUGCUGUUUUCACCUGUCACUGAUGCACAAUUACCCUGUAGCUAUAGAGCUAAUGGAUGUUCCAUUCCUGGAAAUCUGCCAUUUUUCUAUAAAAGAACUUUUAAACCAGCAUGCAAUAUGCAUGACCAGUGCUAUAACUGUGGUUCCUCUCACCAAUAUCGCAUUUCCCGGAGAAGCUGUGACAAUAAAUUCCAUCGGAAUAUGCAGAGAAUUUGCAGACGAAUAGGUUUGUUGCGUCGGAUUAGCUGUUUCAAGUACGCGUUGGUUUACUUUACGGCCGUUCGAGUUGGAAGGAAAUCUCUAUAUCUAAGAAAACCAGAAAAACAUUGUCCUUUGGUAUCACACUGUCUGAAGUGAAAGGAAAGAUUACACUUCAUAUUGAAAAUAUUAUUUAGCAAAUAGCACACAUUACCAAGAAUGAAAGUUUUCUUGAUAAAAAUGAA